CAAAACGCAGACAUGUCUCUGCUGAUAUGGGUUUUUGAGAGAAGAGCUUUUUGAUUAUCUCAUGAUAUAUUAGCUUUCACAUAUAUAACAUUUUGAUAUUCGAUGGAUACUUUUAUUAUUUUUAAACUGAGACUUUCAAUGAUUCUGUUGGAUUAAAAGAAGAAGCUUGAUACAAAGAGGAUUCGAGAACUCCUUGCCCAUGAUUGGCCUUGGCUCUAGCAAUGAUAUGCUCUCCUUUUAUAUUCCCCGAAAAGUUGUACAGAUGGUUAAGCCUGUGAAAGAAACAAUCACACUAGCUCUAAUCUACAAAGAAGGUAUCAUGAGAAGGAGGAAGAGGUGGCAACAUUCAGUGGUUGACUAUGGCCUAAGUUACAUCUGCAAUUGCAGUUCUGCAGGAGAAUGUGGAACACGUGAGAGUUUCAAUGCUGAGACAUGAUUUGCGCAAAUCUCCAAGAUGCAGUAUGGGUGGAAUUCGUUACUUUUUCGGUUCAGUUGGUUUGUUUAGUUUGAUUUUAAUAUAUUUUUUCAACUGAAGUAAACCAUAUUUAGUCUGGUUCGG